AUGGCUUCCGUGCGCUUCCCCGGAGAGGAUUAUGCCGAGGCCACCAGUGACAUUGGUGAGGUUCCCAGCAACGUCUCAAAACCGACACAGCGACAGCGAUGGGCCACCACACGUCAAACCGGCAGUGGCGGAGUGCGGAAACGUGUUUCCAUCAUCGAUCGUUUCCACAAGCGACAUGAGAUGAGAGAUGAGAAGCGUAAAUCUACAAACAGUACCCUUCCCAACGACAAUGCAUCCACCAACGGCGCCGUAAAUCCCGGUGGUGAUAAUCGAACCAUCUACUUCAACGUCCCGAUCCCUGAAUCCGAGCGCGAUGAAGAAGGCCAGCUGAAAUUCACCUACCCUCGAAACAAGAUCCGGACCGCCAAGUAUACCGCGUUGACCUUUGUGCCGAAAAACAUCUUUCUGCAGUUCCACAAUAUCGCCAACAUCUAUUUCCUCUUCGUCAUUAUUCUCAACUUUUUCUCCAUUUUCGGUGCCAACAACCCUGGUCUGAACGCUGUUCCCCUGAUCGUCAUUAUCGUCGUGACCGCCAUCAAGGACGCCAUCGAGGAUUCGGGCCGAACGGUAUCGGAUAACCAAGUCAACAACUCGCCGGUAUAUCGUCUGGUCGAAUGGAAUAACGUGAACUCGACCGAGGACAGCGUUUCGGCUUGGCGUCGAUUCAAGAAGUCCUGCACCCGAGGCAUGAUGAAGGCUUACGUCGCCACCGUGGCCAUGUUCUCGAAGAAGGCCGAGGAAGAAGAUGAAGGCCAAGGCGAUCAACGGCGAGAAUCAUUCAUGACCAACCGGGCAUCUAUAUACUCCAACCGCGACUCGCUGGCUGUUGAUGUUGCCAUCCCGAUGACGAAUGUGCAGUCGCCCCAGCCCGAGGCUCGUGAAGACUGGGGUAACCCCGAAAACAAAUAUCUUUCUCCCAACAGCGCUGUCAGGGACAGUAUGGCAGCACCGGCGUCAGACAAGAAAACUGGAAGUGUACUGGACAACUCGAAGCAAACGCCCGGCACCGCUCGAUUCUCGCGAGACUAUUGGAAGAACCUGCAAGUGGGUGACUUUGUUCGAUUGUACAAUGAAGACCCGAUCCCAGCCGAUAUUGUGAUUCUGUCGACCUCGGAUCCAGACGGAGCUUGCUAUGUUGAAACUAUGGGCCUGGAUGGCGAGACGAAUCUGAAGGUUCGCCAAGCACUUCACUGUGGUCGUCAGGUUCGACAUGCCCGCGACUGUGAAAAGGCCGAGUUCACCAUUGAGAGUGAGGCUCCUCACCCCAACCUCUACUCCUACAAUGGUGCCAUUCGGUGGGAUCAAAGGGACCCGAACUUUCCAGAAGACGGUCGCAAAGAAAUGGUCGAACCAAUCACUAUCAACAACAUGCUCCUUCGAGGUUGCUCUCUGCGCAGUACUGAAUGGGUUCUCGGUGUCGUCGUAUUCACCGGUGGAGACAGCAAGAUCAUGCUCAACUCGGGCGCGACUCCCGCGAAACGUGCUCGCUUGGCUAAGGAUCUCAACUGGAACGUUGUUUACAACUUCGUCAUUUUGUUCUUGAUGUGUCUCGUUGCAGGUAUCGUCAACGGUCUUGCGUGGGGACGUAAAGACGAAUCCUUGGACUACUUUGAUUACGGUUCCUAUGGAGGUACCCCUCCAGUGACCGGUAUCGUCACUUUCUGGACGGCCGUGAUUCUGUUCCAGAAUUUGGUUCCUAUCUCGCUAUACAUCUCUCUUGAAAUUGUUCGGACCAUCCAGGCUGUCUUCAUCCACAGUGACAUUUACAUGUAUUACGAGAAACUGGGUCUUUACUGUGUGCCCAAAUCAUGGAACAUCUCUGACGAUGUGGGGCAGGUGGAGUACAUCUUCUCCGACAAGACUGGUACCUUGACACAAAAUGUCAUGGAGUUCAAAAAGAGUACAAUCAAUGGUGUAUCCUACGGUGAAGCCUAUACCGAGGCACAGAUAGGCAUGAGGCGUCGCGAGGGAGCCAACGCCGACGAGGAAGCUGCUGAGGCUCGUAAGCAGAUCGCGGCUGAUGGAAAGAAAAUGCUUGAAGGGCUGCGCCGCAUCCAUGACAACCCAUACCUGCGUGAUGAAAACCUGACUUUCAUUGCACCGAAUUUUGUCGACGAUAUCGACGGUCAAUCUGGAGAAGAACAGAAAGCGGCUGUCGAGCAUUUCAUGCUUGCCCUGGCUCUGUGCCAUACUGUCAUCACUGAGCACACCCCGGGUGACCCCCCUCAGAUUGAGUUCAAGGCCCAAUCGCCUGACGAGGCUGCCCUGGUCAGCACUGCCCGAGACUGUGGCUUCACGGUUCUUGGUCGUUCCGGCGAUGAUCUCCUUCUGAACGUCAUGGGUGUGGAGCGUACAUACACCGUUUUGAACACUCUUGAGUUUAACUCCUCGCGUAAGCGAAUGAGUGCGAUCAUCCGCAUGCCUGACGGCACGAUUCGCCUUUUCUGCAAGGGCGCUGAUAGCAUCAUCUAUUCUCGCCUGGCGCGCGGCAAGCAGCAGGACCUUCGACGCAAGACUGCCGAGCAUCUAGAGGAAUACGCCAAGGAAGGUCUGCGUACUUUGUGUGUCGCUGACCGACUUUUGAGUGAAGAGGAAUACCAGACUUGGAACAAGGAGCAUGACAUCGCCGCCGCCGCAAUCGUCGACCGUGAGGACAAACUUGAGAAGGUCUCCAGCGAGAUUGAGCAGGAGCUCAUGCUUAUUGGAGGAACUGCUAUUGAGGAUCGACUGCAAGACGGUGUCCCGGAUACCAUCCAACUCCUCGCUGAUGCCGGUAUCAAGCUGUGGGUUCUGACUGGUGAUAAGGUGGAGACUGCCAUCAACAUCGGUUUCUCAUGUAACCUUCUCAACAACAACAUGGAGUUGAUCGUUCUUAAUCAUGACAAACUCGAACAAGCGAACGCCGAACUUGACAAACACCUUGCCACUUUUGGUCUAACCGGUUCCGACGAGGAGCUGAUCGCGGCCCGUUCAGACCACUCUCCACCCGAACCCACCCAUGCUGUCAUCGUUGAUGGCGAAACGCUCAAGCUGAUGCUAGACGACGAACUGAAGCAGAAAUUCCUUCUUCUGUGCAAGCAGUGCAAGGCUGUUCUCUGUUGCCGCGUCAGUCCCGCUCAGAAAGCCGCUGUUGUCAACAUGGUGCGUCACGGUCUCGAUAUCAUGGCUCUCUCCAUUGGUGACGGUGCCAACGACGUUGCUAUGAUCCAGGAAGCCGACGUGGGUGUCGGUAUUGCUGGUGAAGAAGGUCGACAGGCUGUCAUGUCCUCUGACUAUGCCAUUGGACAGUUCCGAUUCCUCCAGCGUCUGCUUCUCGUUCAUGGAAGAUGGUCUUACCGUCGCCUGGGAGAGUGUACCGCCAACUUCUUCUACAAGAACCUGGUGUGGACAUUUGCGCUCUUCUGGUACUGCAUUUUCAACCAGUUUGACUGUUCUUACCUUUUCGAUUAUACCUACAUCGUCCUUGUCAACCUGGCCUUCACCUCUCUUCCAGUUAUCUUCAUGGGUAUCUUUGACCAAGAUGUCGAUGACAGAGUUUCUCUUGCCGUGCCUCAGCUUUACAUGCGAGGUAUUGAGCGCAAGGAAUGGUCUCAGCUCAAGUUUUGGCUAUACAUGGCCGAUGGCUUGUACCAGUCGGUGAUCUGCUUCUUCAUGCCUUACUGCCUCUACCACGCGGCAAACUUUGCCAGUGAAACUGGCCGCGACAUCUCGGAUCGAUCACGCAUGGGUAUUUUGGUGGCUACCUGUGCCGUCCUUUCUAGUAAUAUCUACAUCAUGAUGAACACCUACCGAUGGGACUGGUUCACCUGUUUGAUCAACGGCAUCAGUACCCUACUGAUCUUCUUCUGGACCGGCAUCUACACGUCGUUCACUGCAUCUGGCCAAUUCUACCAGGGAGCGGCCGAGGUUUACGGUGCACUCAGUUUCUGGGUCAUUUUACUCCUCACCCUUGUCAUUGCCCUGCUCCCCCGUUUCGCCUACAACUCCUUCCAGAAGGUGUUCUUCCCCUUGGAUGUCGACAUUGUCCGCGAGCAGGUUACCAUGGGAAAAUUCAAGCACUUGGAGAAAUUUGAAGAUUAUGUGCCGCCAAACGCUAGGGAGAUAGUUGCCACCAGUGACGGGUCGGCGGCUUCCUCGGAACUGGCCAAGCCAAUCCAGCCCACGAUGAAACAGGAUCCCGAAAUGCUGGACGAUUAUCCACAAGCGGUAUCAGUGAAUCAUGGCAAUGGUCACAUUCCUCGCAGCCAGAAUGGAAGCAAUGGCACCAACUAUACGGCCAGCCUGGACCAGAUGCCUCGACCCCAGUCGGUGGACUACGUCCGAUCCCAUGACCGGACCCGGCAUUCUUUCGAACGGGUUCGACAAAGCUUCGAGGCCAGCAAUGAUUUCACCUCUGUCGCAAUGCUGCAGCGAAUGGAAUCUAGCCAUGCCGAGCCCGCUGAAGAUCCCUUCAAAACCCCCGAAGAGCUUCCUGCACAUAAUAACAUGUUUUGA